CACACUAAACGCGUUAAUUUAGAGAAAUUAAUCACGAUGGACAAAAGAAGAAGAAGAAGACAAAAGGAAGUAAGAAGAAAAGAAGACCAAAGGCGCUUUGAUGUCAGAUAGGGAAGCCAUCUUGGUUUACAAAUUAAGUGUUGCCGAGGAGAAACUCCACGAAGCAAAACAAGAGGCACAAGCAUGGAAGGAGAAGAAUGAACGCCAUAUCAAAAGGAAUCACAAGCUUCAUUCAGAACAAAAGGUUCUCGUGGACCGUCUUUUGAACCAAUUCCGAGAAACUGAAACCAAAUGGAACAGUGAAGAAGUUGUCGGUAAAGAUGUGGUCGUAGAAGCGCUCCAAGACAAAUGGAAUCGAGUCGAAGACCACAAGAAAGUUAUUGCCGAUUUGAAUGAGGAGAUAUCGUCGACCAAUCGAGAAAUCGAAGACGUUGAAAGACAAAUGGAAUAUUGGAAGUUGUAUGAGGAAAAAGGACAGUUCGAAGACAAGAAACAGAUCGAUCGUCUGGAAAAACAAUUGAAUGAUUUGGAUCAAUGCUACAACUACUUACAAACGGCUCUGACAGACCAGAUGGUUCAGGAGAGAGACACAGUAGAAGGUACCAUGACAGAGAAAGUCGAGAGUCAAAAGGAGAAGGCUAACAAGAAAGUUGUGUCGUUAAUGCCGAAGCACUGCUGCCGCCAGUUAAAAGAUAAUGGCUGGCUUAAACGCGAAGUGAGUACCAAAAUUUUUAUAUAUACAUAG